AUGGAUUCACCAAUCACUUCACAUUCCCCAAGCAAGAAUUUAACACUUGAUAAAAUCCAAAUUCUUAAUUUAUUUAAAAUUUUUGACAACUUACCAUUCGAUCCUAAAAGUGAAAGUGAAACAUGGUACAUUGUGAAUAAAGAAUUCAUUGACAGUUUGAGGAACUAUGAAGAAGGAAAAGUGGAUCGUUACCUCAGUUUAAUUGAUAACAAACUAUUUGUGGAAGACGGAAAUAAUGUUACGACAAGAACGAGAUUACUAAAGACGUAUGAAAAUGGAAACGGAGUCCAUUUUUUAUUGUACCCUGAGAAAGCUAUAGAGGUGCUAGAAAAGCAUUUUGAAUUUAAUUUAAAAAUUCCUAGAGCUGUAUAUCCUCAUAAAAUUCCCAAGAGAGAUAAAACAAUUUACAAAGUUGAUAUACAGCCAUUAAAAAUUUUUGUGUAUUCAAAGAACCCAAAUGGGUUCUCCAAUCCGUCCAAAAUGAAAAUCGUCAUUUUGAGGAAUGACUCCAUUGAAGAUGUGCUCAAGGAGGUUAUUAACGAUUUCGACCCAGUGAGGUUCAAGAAGAAUCUGUUUUUUGCAGAAGAAAUGGACAACAAAAGGGAAUACAACUGGGAACUCCUAUACUUGCACGAUUCGACAGAAUACAAUUUAAAAAAAAAGGUGUGUGAUUACAGCAUUGAUGAAAGAUGUUGUUUUUUAAUAACAAACGAAAGGGCUGAUAUAAAAUGCCUGAUGAAUGAAAGUGAAUAUUGCUACACGAGGAGAGAAUCUAGCUUUAGGAGAUCUGAAAAGGAAGAAGACUGCAUGAGGGGUUAUAACAAUACGCAUGGAAAUCUGCAACCAGAUAUGCAAUCGAAUAUGCAAUCGAAUAUGCAAUCGGAUAUGCAAACGAAUGCAAACCCAUUGAUGCAGGCACAUGAUAGCACGGUAAAAAAAAUUAGCUACAUCUUCCAACAUGGUGGAGACAGAGGAUUGGUAAAUCUUGGAAACACAUGCUUCUUAAACUCGUCGUUGCAAUGUUUAGCAAAGAUAUUGAAAUUUUCAAACUACUUUUUAAGUGGGAAAUUUUGGAAUCAUAUAAAUUAUUCGAAUCCUGUGGGUCAACAUGGGAGACUAGCGAAAGCAUAUUAUGAAACAUUGUUAGAAUUAUGGAAAAUAAAUAAAAGAAGUGAACCAUAUGCACCAAAGGCCUUAAAACAAGCCAUAAGCGAAAAAAGAGAUGAAUUUUAUGGAUAUCAGCAACAUGAUUCUCAGGAAUUGUUAGCUUUUCUACUAGAUGGGUUACAUGAAGAUUUAAAUUUAAUUCAAAAGAAACCAUACUAUGAAGAAAAAUUACAAGGUGGAUUGGAUAAACUAGAUACAGAUGUUGCAGAAGCAUCGUGGAAUAGACACAAAGAAAUUAAUAAUUCUAUAAUUGUUGAUUUAUUCCAAGGACAAUAUAGAUCACGUUUACAAUGUCCAAAAUGUAAAAAAGUUAGUAUAGCCUUCGAUCCGUUUAUGUAUUUAUCCAUUCCAUUACCACCAAAGAAAAAUCAUCGUAUAUGGUUCCAUGUAAUUCUUAAUAGAGAUUUCCCAAUAGGUAUGAGAUUUUCCUGCUCUUUUAAUGGUUCACAAGAGGUUCUAAAGUUGAAGAUAUUUUUUUUAAGUAUUAUAAAAAAUUUAAAAAGUAAAAGAAAAAAUAUUUUAGUACAUAAUAAAUGCAUAAUUAAAAAUAAUAAAAACUCGUACGAUGGUAGUAAUAUUUGUGCGAACCCUACCACGACACCUAGCAGUAGUAACAGUAGUUGUGGUGGUAGUGGUGCAAACAGUAUGAGUAAUAAUGCUUUUAAUUUCCAUGCCAAAUAUUUGGAUGAGAAGAAUGACUAUUAUGAAGAAAAUGAUGACAAUUGUAGUAAUGCAGAUAUAGCUAAUUAUAUGAAGGCAAUGAAAAAUGAAUCUAAAAUAAACAAUACAUUGAAAGAGCAAGAAAUUACAAGUCUUCAUGAAAGUAUAUGUGCCAUGUGUAACAUACAAAACAUUGAGGAGUUAGAGAUUAACAAUUUAUGCUUCCUUUUCACAAAAUUUAAAAAUUUAGCUUGUAAUCAAUUCUUUCAAGUACUUCAUAAUACGGAUUUUGUUGUAGAACCACAUUCAAGAAAUGGAAAAGGAAUAAGUCAUAUUUUUGUUUUUAUAUUACCAAAAUUCUGUUCGCAUCUAAUUGAUAAAAAUGUAGAUGUAAAAGCAAUGGAUGAAAGUCUUGAAGUUUUAACGAGUUCCACCGUAACAACCAAUAAUACAAGUUUGAAGGAUGAAGAAAUUAAUUUGAAGAAUGAAACUAACAAUAGUGCAGGAAAAAAAAUGCCCAAAAGUGACAGUAACACGAAUUCUACCACCCCCACGCCAGUAGCGGGUCCUGUAACAGAUGCAGCAUCUACAUCUAUCGUUACCCAGGAUGGUAUGCCUAUGGUUGCUACUACUGCAGACUCUACUUCUAUCACCACUUCUGUGGCUACCUCCACCCAUGCCAAUAUUGAUAAUAGCAAUAAUAACAACUCCAGUAAGAUAAUUAAAAAGAGGAAGGGGGUUCUGGGAUCAUCAAACAUGAAUGAUAGUCCCUUGAGGAAGGGAGAAAAAACAUACGCAGGAGUAGAUGAAGAUGAAGAUGAAGAAAGUGUUAUACCUAUCAUCACAUCAUCAGCUACAGCUGAUAAGGGAGGAGUGAAUAAUGAUAAUAUUAACGGAAAUGCAAAGGGGACACCAGAACCACAUGAUGAAAUGAUAGAAAAUGAGGGAAACUUUGUUAACAUGCAAGAAACGUGUACAUCGACAACUUCCAUUUGUAAUGAGUCUAAUGAAGUGCAUAAGAACAAGUCUACCUGUGAGAAACAUAUUUCAUACAAUGAAUUGUUUAGAGACAAAAUUUUCUUUAAUCAAGACUUUAAUAAUCUUCAUGAUAAAUAUUUUUCGCUUCUUAUUGUACCAUUAUGUAAAGAUGAACAACUUUUUUAUAAAAUGAAAAAUAACGAUUUGCCUCUCUUGUUUAAUAUCCCUUUUAAUUUUACUUUGAAUGAUCUAUACGACAAAAUAAAGCAUGCUUAUCCAACAAAAAGAAAAAAAAAAAAAAUUACUCUUGUGGAUAAUGCAAAGGGGGAGGAGAAGAAGAGUAGUACUACUAGUGGUGGUAGUACUGGUACAGUUCCACAGGGGAAUAAUAAUAAUAAUAAUAAUAAUAAUAAUAAUAAUAAUCAGAAGGAUUCUUAUAUUCAAUUAUUUAGUAACAAUGCAAACUUGAAAAAUGGACAUAAUGAAAGUAACAAGAAGAAUACUGUACCAUGUAAUAAUAAGCACAUGACAAUUAAACACAAUCUGAGCGAAUAUGAAGAAGAAGAAAAGGAUGAAAGAGAACAAUUGGGACAUGUUUCAGAAAUGAAUAAAAAGUAUGAUGUUAAUGAUGAUGAUGAUGAUGAAGAAGAUUACAUGAGUAGAAUUACUCUUUAUCUUCCAUGUUACAAUUUAAAGGAAGAAUGGACACCCCAAGAUAAUCUAGGUUUAGAAUUGAAAAGAGAUGGGACAUAUCUUACUGAUUAUAUAAAGAAUUCAGAUGAAAAGAGACUCAUAAUUAUACAUUUAAAUAGUGCAGGUAUAGAUGAGGAAUUAUCACUUGACAUAAAAACUAUUACAUUUCUUGAUUUAGAAGACAGGUAUGGAAUUGACACAUGCUUGAAAUUGUUUUCUGAAGAAGAACAUUUAGAUGAAAACAACACGUGGUAUUGUGGAAAUUGUAAAUUACAUGUACAAGCAUAUAAAAAAAUCGAUCUUUUUCGUAUGCCAAUAAUACUAAUCUUACAUCUAAAACGCUUUAAUAACACAAAUAGAUGGUUAAGAACAAAAAUAGAUUCAUAUGUGUACUAUCCCCAUAAAGAAAAUGAUUAUUUAAAUAUGGCCCCAUACAUAUUAGAAGACGGGUUAAACCAUAUGAAAAAAAUGGAUCCCCAUUAUUCUCCUUUGUAUGAAUUAAUUGCUGUCAAUUGUCAUACAGGAGGAUUAUGUGGUGGCCAUUACUUUGCCUAUGCCAAGUUGAAUGGUCGAUGGUAUAAUUUCAAUGACACUUAUGUCACAACUAUUGAUGAAUCACGGAUAAACACGAAAAAUGCAUAUCUCUUAUUUUAUCAACUGCAUACUCAUAAAAAUGAGACAUUUGCUGAUAUACUGGAGCAAAAGAAUUUAGCAGAAGAGGAGGCCAUUCGCAUGGCCAAUGCCAGUUAUUACAACUAG